AUGGCCAAUUCCGAUUCCAGCUCGCCGAUGCCGGUGCUACCAGCAUUUGGCAUCCGUUCCCUAAACGGACCUCACACUUCGCCGGCCGUCGUUCAGAUCACUGCGGGUCAAUACGAUCAAGCGGUCAAGUCUUGGCCUGAAGUUGCCUUGAUUUACCUUGACGAUGAUGAUGGCGAGAUUGUCACGGUGGGAAGUGGGCUUGAGUUGGAACAACGGUUGGAUGAACCUGCGAAGAAUUCGACUUUCCGUGUUCCUGAGGCGCUAUUGCCGGCUAGGGCUACAGCGGAUGAUGGAGAUAGCAUGAUGCAUAUCUUUGAUAUUCGGCGUGGGCAUAAGAGUGUGGCUGUUUGGAAGAAACAUGAGGCCGAAACAACGAAGAAGAUGAAGAGACGAGAUUUGGGUGUGCACAGUGGCGGUGAGCACGUUAGCAGUCUACCUGGGGCAGCCGAGCCAAAGUCUGCGUCUGCGUCUGAACACGGUGCUUCUAAGAGUGAUCUUUCCGAUACGAGCUCUGUUAAGCAGAUCGAUGGUUCAGCCGUGGUCGACACCUCCUCUGCACCGUCUGAACAGUCUGCACAGUCUCAACAGGGCUCGAACGUCACCCCCGAGCCGGCCAAGUCUUUCCCAUCCGUUGAAGAAGCGUCCUCAAGUGAACUAGACAACAUCCUCUUUGAUGUUUUCAGCAGCCUUGGCUCGAACCUGGGCCCUGUUGCAGACUUCCUCGAGGCUACCGCACAAGGACUGCGAAAAGUUGCUGAGAAGAAGGCAGGGGGCGAAGCCAGUCCGGUGGAAGACGUGUUGACCGGGUUCAAGGGCAUCUUAUCGAGUGUCGGUGAACUUGGCCUGCAGUUCUUAUCUGCCGUUGACCGCGAACUACAAGAGCAGAAGACUGGCACGGCCACCCAGACAGACCCGUCUCCUUCGCAGCCGGUGCAAUCUGAAUCAUCAGCAUUUUGCCUUCCUCCCUUGAUUAUGAAGCAGCCAGAAACCAACGCAAAGAAGGUCACCUUUGUCGGAACGCCCUGGUCCGAGGCAGAGAAACUAGAGGACGACUCAGACCUCUUCUACUACGCUGACCAGAAUGGCUGGAAAUGUUUCAACCACAAGGAUUACGCUCGCUCGGCCACCAACAAGUACUCGCCUGCAGAUGUAUUGCAACAUAAUCCCCCUCCGAGGCCGGCGACACAGGCUGUUCAGAACAAGGCCUCGGUUUCUCCUCCUCCCAGAUCGUCCAUCCUCGACCAAGACCCGUCUGAGCCUGAUUUCUCCGCCAGAUACCCUCCGCUGCUGUCGGUUCGCAAGGCUAAGAGUGUCGCUGGUCUGAACAAGCCCACGCAUCCCCCUCCAGUCGGACACGUUGUCACCAACACCGCAACAACCCUGACACGUUACCCUACUAUCGGACAGUUUGAGCAACAGACCCGAAUCAACAUGACUAAACAUGCUUCCACGCCUCAUCUCAGAGAGUGGCCCCCUCGCUCUUACUUGAGCUGUCGCUCGACGGAUACUGCACCCAAGCCAAAGAAGACGGAUGUAUACAAGGCACCAUCUGUUGAGGACGACGUAGGAUCGGGAGACACUACUGUCGACGGUCCGCAAGUCCAGACUGGUGUCAAGGAGAAGUCUACUGGAUUGCGGUCCAAAUGGGUCCCUGGUGCCUGGCCCGAACAGAAGACCGAGGACUUGCACCCCAGCCCUGCUGCAUCCAACCCAUCCUAUCCAAAGUUACCCGACAACAGUCCCGAGAAGUCUGCUACAUCGACCCAGGGAGAGGGAUCAGGAGGCUUGUUCCAACGUGGUUCUUCAGGUGCCGGCUACCAUUCAGUCCCAUCAUUGCAUCUUCCACGAAGAUACCAUACCGUGAGCGGAACGAAUCCUGCUGCAAGAUUGAAUGGGCCCUUCGACCCUCUUGCCUCACUUACGUCCCAUGAUGAAGAUGGUACUUCUCGUGACCGGCCCACCAGCCGCGGACGCAACUGGGCGACUUCUCGUGGUAUGAGCUCAGCAGAGUCACAACUUGCUGGCCACCUUCAAUCCGAUAUGAGUUCCAAAAAACAAGCAGACUACCUGCCACCAUCCAUGGCUUGGGCCCCUCUGAUGACUGCGCGGUACCGCCACGUUGCCGCACCAUACCCUCAUCUCCAUCAUAUGCGCCCUCGACCUGCCCCUGUCAGCCGUCCAGCCAGGCCGAAAAUGAUGUCCCCAAUGACCUCUGUCCAAUCUUUUGGGUCUGCGUCAGCUGUCGCCGGCCCAGCCCACCCUCUGCAGUCCGAGGCGACGGCCCAUGGCGGAGCAAGCGAUAAGAAACUUAGCCUUGAUUCUAGUGGCCCAUCGUUUCCUCACCUCGCACCAAGCCAUGCCCAUCCAAAAGCAGGCUUGAUCCCAAUAAUCACACCAGCCCCCUACACUCGUCCAACAGGCCGUCAUGACGCAUCUGCGGUCCCACCACCGACCUCUACUUUGGCGGCUGAUCAAUGUACCAAGACUCUCAAGGCGAUGGGGUACGGUCUUGGGGACGACAAUGAGAUGUCACGACUAAACAUGUACGCCAGCGCCACAGCGGGUGAUGUCGAGGCCGCCAUUGAAAUGAUUGAAGAGGACCGCGAAGCAGCCAAGGAGUUGACGGAGCUUCUUGAUGCACCAAAGGGGGUUAGAGAGGUUUGA